GGGAAUCAACGGUUCAAGCGCGGGUAUGAUCAGCAUCACGUGUCCCACCUCCAUGGCAACACUGGAUCAACUAGAAAGUAUUCUAACUACGCCUAAUUAUAUUACCUAUGAUGUCUUCAGCUUUACCCUAAAAGGCUCGAACGUGUCCGGCGUGCUAACCCAAGACACGUGGGGCAACCUGACGUUCCAUCAGGUGGUCAUCGAAGGGAACCAGAUCACGCAAGUCGACAACAAGGCUUUCGCUAAAUCGGCUGAGACGCUUACUUUCCUCAGUCUUUUUAACAACAAGAUCGACUACUACGUAACGAGCAGCCAUAACGACCUGCCCAAGUUACGGACUUUGGUGCUGAAGCAGAACAAGAUCACGGUCAUCUUCGCCAACGCCUUCAGCUACGCCUCUCUCAGGGAAAUUGAUCUUUCGCACAACGAGAUCGCCACCAUCGGCAAGGAAGCUUUCGCAGACCUUGAUAAACUCGAAAUUCUCUCCCUCUCCUAUAAUAAACUGACUAAACUGGAAAACGACUGGUUCAAGUUUCACAACCACCAUCCGGACACCAGUUUCCUGCAAAUCGAUCUCUCGCACAACAAUAUUGACUUCAUAGAAGAACAUGCAUUCCCCGACCUGUGCAACGUUCAGAUCGACCUCCGGUAUAACCAGCUGACCACCCUCUCCGAAGCAGUGUUCCGUCCCAUCAUUAUCGCCAGUUCCUAUUUUGCCCGGUUUUUAUUUGAAGGCAACCCUAUAGUGUGUGACUGCAGCAUCCUGUGGGUAGUCGAAGAUGCCUUCAUUCCAACCCGCUUUGAUAACUUUAUCUGUCCCAAUCUCAACUUGCCUCUGUGGAUCGUGAAACCGGGGGAUUUAGGCAACUGUUCUCAACUCUACUAAAAUCAUUUCCUAAAGCACGUUACCGAGAAGUUAAAUAUUUUGAAUUUACUGGGUUAUGUAUAUGUAACCUACAACGUGAACGUUUUGAAUGCAUCACGAUUAGAUAUAACUUUCUAAUAAUAGUAUGAUAGCUCGUACCGGUCACUACACCCAGAUAAAAUCAGUGAAUUCAAGGAAUCUGAUGCAGUGGGAUUUAUCUUAUUUGAAAAUUAUGCUGAUUUUCGACAAUUAAUAUGAUUAUUCAGUUAUGAAGUUUGAUUAACACGAUUGAAUACAAUUUUAUGAAAGUCAUGUAACAAUGUUUUUGACACUACUGUUAUGAUAUCAGCUACUUAAUAGUUAAUUCCUCUUUUAUCACACACACCACAUUCACGGACACUCGCACGCGCGUACACACGCGCGCACAUUCACGCACACACAUUCAUACACACACACACUCACACACACACUCACACACACACACACUCACACACACACACACUCACACACACACACACACUCACACACACACACACUCACACACACACACUCACACACACACACACACUCACACACACACACUCACACACACACACACACACACACACACACACACACACACACACACACACACACACACACACUCACACACACACACACACACACUCACACACACACACACACACACACACACACACACACACACACACACACACACACACACACUCACACACACACACACACACACACACUCACACACACACACACACACACACACACACACACACACACACACACUCACACACACACACACACACUCACACACACACACACACUCACACACACACACACACACUCACACACACACACACUCACACACACACACACACACACACACACACACACACACACACACACACACACACACACACACUCACACACACACUCACACUCACACACACACACACACACACACACACACACACACACACACACACACACACACACACACACACACACACACACACACACUCACACACACUCACACUCACACAUUCACACACACGCACGCACACACGCACACACACACGCACACACACACACACACACACACACACACACACACACACACACACACACACACACACACACACA